UGCACUUUAUUAAUAAUCAUCUUUGUAUUCUUCUCGUGAGUCUUGUGAAGCUUUUAAAUUUGUGUCAGUAAGAUUUCUGCUCCUCCACAUAUUUAGUUUUUUUUAUUUAUUUAAAAUUCAAAAAAAAAGUUUCCUUUUUCUUUUUUCAUUUCUCUGAUUACUACUAUAGGAUAUAGUACUGUAUAUCUAAACCCUGCACUUGAUCAGUAAUGAUCUAAGAAUAAGUGAACCUUUUGUGGAAAUUGUUAAGUUAGUUUAUUUGAUUUAUAUGUGGUUAAUUAUCGAAUUUCCACAUUGCUAAACGAUGCGAAACCAGCUAUGGUUUGCACUGCCAAUGAUUUACUGGAGUGGAAGAAUUUUCCCAAAGGCCUUAAGAUCCUACUUCUUGAUGAGGACACAGAUUCUGCAGCUGAGAUAAAAUCCAAGCUUGAGGAAAUGGAGUAUAUAGUUAUUGCAUUUGCCAGUGAGCAUGAAGCUUUAUGUGCAAUCUCAAGCAAAAAUGAGAGCUUCCACGUUGCCAUUGUAGAGGUGAGUAUAGACAAUCGUGAUGGGAGAUGCAACUUUCUGGAAACUGCAAAGGAUCUUCCAACAAUCAUGACAUCAAAAGAGCGCUGCUUGAGCACCAUGAUGAAGUGUAUAGCGCUUGGUGCAGUUGAAUUUCUUGUAAAGCCACUAUCAGAAGAAAAACUCCGAAAUAUAUGGCAGCAUGUAGUUCAUAAGGCAUUUAACACCAGUGGAAGUGCGAAGUCGGAAUCAGUCGAUUCUGUCAAAGAAUUUGUGGGAUCUAUUUUGGAAAUUCAGCAACAAAAUAUAGCAACACAAACACAAGUCACCGAAAAACCUAUGAUAGACACAGAAGUGGACCAACGUGAUCAUGACCAAUCAGCUUCUGGUGAUAAGUUCCCUGCUCCUUCAACUCCCCAAAUAAAACAAAGUGGAAGAUCCUUGGAUGAUGGAGACUAUCCAGAUCAAACCAACGGCUCCCCCAUCAAGGAGGGUGGGGAAUGUGACGAGGAAACCAAAUCUGUCGACAAUACAUAUAAUGGCGAAUCAUCUGCCAAAAUGGAGGUGGAUCCACCUCAGCCAACUUCUGUAGUAGUUAUUAAAGAGGAGGAAGAUCGUAGUGAUGGGUCAAGGGGCACCGAUAUUUCUGUACCUCAGUCACAUGACAAAGAAGAUGCUAAUGUUAGUCUGAAUAGUGGAAACUCAAAUAAAGAAUCUAAAAAUGUACGUGGAACAAAGGGUAGCCGGAGAAAAUUAAAGGUAGACUGGACACCUGAUCUUCAUAAGAGAUUUGUGCAAGCAGUAGAGCAACUCGGUGUAGAUCAAGCCAUCCCUUCUCGAAUAUUAGAGCUGAUGAAAGUGGAAGGACUGACUAGACAUAACAUAGCUAGUCAUCUCCAGAAAUAUAGAAUGCAUAGACGACACAUUUUGCCUAAGCAAGAAGAACGAAGGUGGCCGCACCCUAGAGAUUCGAUGCAAAGGAAUUACUACUCUCACCGACCAGUGAUGGCAUACCCUCCCUAUCACACCAAUCAUACAUUCACAUCUGGGCAAGUCUACCCAAUGUGGGGACAGCAGGGUUGUCAGCCUCAUGGCUACCCGAUGUGGGGCCCCCCAAGCUACCCUUGGCAGCCCGCUGAAAAUUGGCCUUGGAAGCCUUACCCUGCGAUGCAUGCAGAUGCAUGGGGGUGCCCUGUGAUGCCGCCUCCCUCAUGCCCAACCUCGGCAUUUCCUCAACAGGUACAAGGUGCAUAUGGGUUCCACAGUCCUGAUAGCUAUGGGAAGAAUUCUGCUGAUAUUAACCCGGGAGAGGAGGUUAUUGAUAAGGUGGUUAAGGAAGCAAUAAACAAACCAUGGUUGCCAUUACCCAUAGGCCUUAAACCACCUUCAACCGAUAGUGUCCUAGCUGAGCUCUCAAGGCAAGGAAUCUCUAUCAUCCCUCACCAUCCAUGCUGACUUGGAACAUUAAUGUGAGAGGGGGGCCCACAAGGUGAAAAAAUAAGCUAAGAAGGAUCUGAUGCUGCUGUACAACAGCUCAGUUGACAAGUGUCAUGGUCCUGUUUGAAGCCGAUUUUCCGAUCGCGCGAUCGAGGUAAGGCCACGUAUGUGAUCCUGAAACCACAGAGGUGUUAGUGGUUGUAAAUAGAGCUGACAUGAAGUUGAGUUGAUAUUGGGGUAGGUGUUGGAAAAAUAUGAUCAGAUUGAUCAUAAUGGAAAGAAAAGGGUGGGAAUGUGAAUGUGAAUGUGAUGGGUGGUGCAUCAUUGUUCAAUGUUUGUUUCUUGUUGGUGGAAUGAAAGAGGUCCUACACAUCUUGUUGGAGGGUACUAUUUCUGAAGGACUUGUCCCUUAAUUUGUAGGGCGUAGUGCUUGAAAUUUUCCCAUUAAAACUCUCUCAUGGUAAUAAGAAAAAAGGUAGAUAUAUUUUGAAGAUUGCUUCA